GGGAACAUUCCUCAUAACAUCACCGUCUUAACAUCAACUAGCACUUCAACUUCGGCGGGUUCCUAAACCAGAACACAAAAUAUUUAAUACAGGGACACAAGGGAACCGACUAUAUGGCCAUUGAUGGGAGAAUGGCCCCAAAUUAUGGAUUUUUACUAGUGUUGUUAAGUUUUUUCGUGAGCACGUGCUUUGGACAGCCGUUGAUUCUACCAAAAGGUCGUUAUGACGACACACUCAGGGGAUUAUGUCGGGACAAUGAUGCUUAUGCCAAAGUUCCAUGGGACUGUCAAGCUUAUGUCCAAUGUAAAUCAUCGCCAGGAAGUAGGGAAAUAUUUCUACAGAGGUGUCCCGCUUCGCUGGAGUUUAAUAUGAAGCACAAAACGUGUGGUUGGCCAGAAUCGUCGUGUCCCCCUCUAAAAGAUUUGGUGGACCCAUUUUGUUUGGAGCAUCCAACAGCACUACUACCUAACCCCGAUAGCUGUUCCCAGUACUACGACUGUUCGAACCCCAACCGGGGACAGUUCGCUGGGGCAACGCCCUACCUCCGGGAGUGUCCUCACCCACAGCUAUUUGACCUUGUGACCUUUGAUUGUCUGGACUACCGAAAUGUACAGUGCGGAAACAGGAAACAACCAGUGUCUCCAUGUGACUACAAGGCCUACCAAUGUACGGGACCAGAUUGUAAGAAGUGCACGGACCAAAUACCCGGAUGCACUGGAAAGAAGGACGGACCAAACCCCCACCCUAGUCGACUCCUUUCCAAUUAUUUCGUUGUUUGUCAAAACGGCAAGGCUACGUCUGUAGAGACAUGUUCAAGGGGACUGUUCGACCCCACCCAGGGACGCUGUACAACUCAACUUGAUCCAUUAUCUGUCGAGGCAUUCUGUAAGGAAAACCCACGGGGAAAGAUCGCGAAUCCCUCCAACUGCGCCAUGGUGUAUGAUUGUACACGUACCAGACAGCGGAACAACUUCCUGAAGUAUGAGGACGAGUGCCCAUACCCAAUGUAUUACUCCGACCUACAAGUCAUGUGUAUGGACUUCCGGGAUGUGCAGUGCGGUUUCCGGUCUCAGCCAAUCAACAAAUGUGAUUACCAGAGAUACUCGUGUUCAGGCGCAAAUUGUCCCGUGUGUGAACAAGUUUACCCAAGUUGUGCAGGCUUAUCUGACGGACUUCAUGCGUAUCCAGGAAGGGAGGGAACUCCGGCUUACAUCGAGUGUUUCCAGUCCAGAACGGUUGAUUCUGUUUCGCAAUGUCCAAAUGGUGCGAUCUUUGACCCCAGGACGAGAUCAUGUACCGGAAGUGCACCAGUAAAUCCAUUCCCGACAAAUCCUAACACCGGAACAGGGGGAGGCACAGGAGUCAACCCAUUCCCAAACCCUGGAACUGGCGGUGGAAGUACUCCUACCGGGGGCGACUGUGUGAGCAACCCUCGGGCUCUGAUACCGGACAACACAAACUGCGCGCGCUACAUCGACUGCAGUAAGGUUGACCCGACCCGCGGGCUGGCUAGUAUGAUGGAGGAGUGUCCCUACCCUCAACUGUUUGACACCCGAACCACUAAAUGUGGCAAUUUUAUUGACGUCAGCUGUGGAAACCGUUAUGAACCAAAGUCUCCAUGCGAGUAUGACAAUACUAGGAACCUGUGUAACGGACCAAUGUGUCAACUCGAAUGUGAGGAGAGAUCUCCGAGCUGUGUCGGACGGCCGGACGGAAACAACACUUUCCCGGACAGACAUCUGACCUCGUUUUACAUCUCGUGUAUGUUGGAACGGACGCUUUCUGUUGGUAUAUGUCGUUAUGGCGUAUACGACCCCACCCUCCGCCGAUGUACCACUCAACUCGAUCCAGCGUCCGUACACGACUUUUGCCGGAAGAAGCCGAUGACCGUAUUCCCGCACGUGGCCGAUUGUGCACGAUACUACAAUUGUAGUGACGCGACGGACGAUCCCGUUUUCGGACCAUACCUCAGGGAGUGUCGUUAUCCAGAGCUUUUCAACAUCGUCCGUUUGCAGUGCGUAUCACCACAAGAGGCUAACUGCCGUUGGAGACUCGAACCUAAGAACCCCUGCGAUUACCUUUACAACCAAUACUGUCCGGACCCCGGUUGUGAGCCUUGCGAAAUACGCUUCCCAGGGUGUGUCGGACGGUCGGACGGACGACAUCCUGUCAGUAAUUCCGAGGAUAAAUAUUUUGUCUGUAGUGGCGGCAUGUUCGUUAGCAUCGACCAAUGCAGAGGGGCUUUAGGGUCAUAUGACUCGGUUGCUAGGGAAUGUGUUGCCCCCUAUAACUGUGCCGGAUACAGUAACGGUAAUCACCCGAUCGCUAGGACGGAUACAGACUAUUUCACGUGCUUUGGCGGACAAUACGUCAGCAAAGGCUCGUGCGCACCAGACACCUUCGACUCUGUUGACCGUGUCUGCGUACAGUCACCAUGCGCAGCUCUGCUCGACGGAAACUAUAUCAUACCGGGCCAGAAAACAGAAUUCUUCAUUUGUCAGAACGGCAAAUACGUAGACAAGAUGUCCUGUGCACCGUUCACAUUUGAUGAGAAGACAAGAGAAUGUUUGACUCACCCUGACUGUGCUGGCCUGGAUGGAAACUUCCCUAUGUUUGAAUCUCCUAGUGAGUAUUUCACCUGUCGGAAUGGUCGCUACAUAGAGUCCUCCUCCUGCGCACCAGAGGCCUUUAACCUUGACACAGGUAGAUGUAACCUUCCGAGCUGUACCGGACGUCCCAACGGCAACAAUGCUCUUGUCGGGGCAGCUUCAGAAUUUAUUGUCUGUAGAAACUCCUACUAUCUGAGGACCGGAUCUUGCGCCCCAUCAACCUUCGACCAGGAAUCACGACAAUGCAAAGUUCUUGAUUGCAGUCAGCUUGCUGAUGGUACGUACCCUAUAUCUGGGACAGACAACUCGUUCACUGGAUCAGACUCGGACUGGAUCCGAUGUGAAGGUGGUGCCAGACUGUCAAGCGGAACAUGCGAUCCUUUGCCGUACAAUCCGAUCACCUCAAAUUGUCAGGCAUCGCCAUCUUGUUCUGGACAGCCAAAUGGAAAUAAUAAAAUGCCUGACAACAAUGCCGUCUUUUUCAACUGCGAGAACGGCAUUCUACUUUUUAUCCAGUCAUGUGCGCCAUUUCCCUUUGAUCCCGUCACGCGCCAGUGCGGAUUUCCACCUUGUGCUGGUGACGGUAACUUUGCCAUUCCCUACAACAACAGGCUGUACAUCACAUGUAGAAAUGGCGAAAUUGCAUUUGAGGGAGACUGUGGUACUUCAUUAUUUGACCCGGCGUCUGGUUUAUGCCGGGCCCUCCCCGACUGUUUUGGACUCCUGGAAGGCAACAACGCAUUGUCAGGCACUGAAGAUCUUUACUUCGAAUGUUCGGGCGGCAGGUUCAUGAAAAUGUACUCUUGUACCCCCCAGAUCUACAAUCCUCUCACCGGACGCUGUAUCCCGCCAAUCAAUCCUUCCGACCCAGCAGCCUUCUGCCAGCGAGACCCUACAGCCAUAUUCCCGCACCCGGCCAGUUGCGCUCGUUAUAUUAGCUGUGCAAAUGAAAAAACACAACUUGGUAACUACCAAGAGGAAUGUCCCUACCCAACACUUCUGGACAGCAAUGAUGGAGUCUGUAAGCCGUACAGAGAAGUGCAAUGUGGAGGACGAAUGGAACCGAAAUCCCCAUGUGAUUACGAAAAGACUAGGCUGUGUCAAUCGCCCAAUGGCACCUGUCCAGCAUGUGAGCAGGAACAUCCAAGUUGUGUUGGAAAGAGAGAUGGAUCACACGCCAUUCCAAACCGACCGGAAUGGUUCGUGCAUUGUGCGGACGAGAGGACGUAUGCCGUCGAAAAAUGCCCGGAAACCGCUCCAUAUUUCGACCCAAUCAUCGGCUCCUGUUCAGUUAUCUUGGACCCACUGAAUCCGGGUCCUUAUUGUAAAGCUAACCCAACCGUCGUGGCAUCACAUCCCGAUAACUGCGCUCAGUAUAUCGACUGCAGACAGUUACAUACGGACUUUGGAAACUAUAAACAGGAAUGUGGCUACCCAGAACUGUUUGAUGACCAGAUGAACACGUGCAGGCCAUACAUGCACGUCAAUUGUGGCACCCGGCCGAUACCCAAAGGACCAUGUGAAUACGAAGCCAAUAUGCGUUGCCUUAGUAACCGUUGUACGGUUUGCGAGGAAACGUUUCCAUCAUGUGUGGGUCUACCUAAUGGAAACAAUCCGUUUCCCGGACAACGGACAAAGUUCAUCGCUUGUAUGGAUGACAGAACCAUUAGCCAGGACAAAUGCGCCAACGGUUACUUUGACUCCGUCGAUAGGAUAUGUACCCUCAAAUUUGACCCAGCCGAUCCCGAGCCCUACUGUGCAAUCAAACCUAAUGCUAUGGUAGCCCAUGAUAUGCUGUGUUCCCAGUAUUACGACUGCAGUAAGCGAGAUAGCGCUUACGGCCUGUAUCUGCACGAGUGUCAAUACCCUCUGCUGUUCUCCAGGACAGCACAAACUUGUCAGGACUUCAGCACCGUCGACUGUGACUCUCGAUUCGAACCUAUUCAACCCUGUGAAUAUCUUCAAAACAAAUGCGUACCCACGCCUGGAUCUGCAGCAUGCGUGCCAUGCGCAGAACGACUACCGCCCUGUAUUGGUCGCCCUGACGGAAACAACACGUUCCCCGGCCGUGAGAACACGCCCUACUUCAUCACGUGUUACAAAAACCGCACAAUAUUUGUGAGGACGUGUGAGCAAGGAUAUUUCGACCCAAUUUCGAAGAUAUGCCAAUUUGAGAUCGAUAUUAAAAAUCCCCGGCCAUUCUGUACAUACAAUCCGACAAUCCGAGUUCCACAUCCGGGAAGUUGCGCAAAGUACUUUGACUGUAGUGCAGGAGUGAGUAUGUACGGCGACUUCGUACAGGAAUGCCAAUAUCCACUUCUCUACAACUCACAGUCGCAGACAUGUGACGAGUUCGAUAAGGUCGACUGUGGCGGCGCACCAAUCCCACAAGCUCCUUGCGAGUACGACCAGAACACAUGCGCAGUUACACAGGAACCAGGCUGUCGUCCAUGCAAUGAACGUCUUCCAAGCUGUAUCGGAAAGGAGGCUGGAAAUCACACAUUCCCAGGGCGUGAACUUUCCACGUACUACAUUGUCUGUUUCAGGAACAGAACUGUCGCCGUACGGUCAUGUUCAGAGGGAUUUUUCGACCCCGCCACUGGUUUUUGUACAAGUGCUCUCACAGCAGCUGCUAUUCGAGGAUUCUGUGAAGCCAACCCUGGUGUGAUUAAAGCCAACCCAUUGAAUUGCGCCCAAUAUUUUGAUUGUGGAAACGCCAGCAUUCGUGCUCAAACCUUCCUAAGGGAAUGUCCGUACCCUAUGCAGUUCGAAGGUGACGGUCUCUCGUGCCAAAACUUUACCAACGUGAAUUGUGACACGCGUAAAGACAUCAAACUUCCAUGCGACUACUUACAGAACCGUUGCAACCCUGCUGAUCCGAACUGUCAGCCCUGUGAGGAAAGGAUACCAAGCUGUGCUGGAUUGGCGGACGGAAACAAUCCCUUCCCCGGCCGUCCUAUGACUCGAUUUUUCAUCGUUUGUCUGCAAGAACGAACAGUGUCAAUAGACAAAUGUGAAAAACUAUUCGACCCAGGAACACGUGCAUGUGUUAAUGACGUCACAGAACCGAUGGUCAAGAUGUUCUGUGAAAAUAACAAGGGUUCCAUUCAGCCUCAUCCCUACCAGUGCGCACAAUACUAUGACUGUAGACGGGCGAUCGGAGGUUCCUUCCUCAGGGAGUGUAAAUACCCUCAACUGUUCGAUGGCGCAACUGACACCUGCCGGAACUUCUCUGAAGUCGACUGCAAUAACAAAUUCGUACCACAGGCUCCGUGCGACUAUCUCCAAAACCAUUGUCCACCGAACUACCCUGGAUGUCAGCCGUGUGAAGAACGUCUUCCCAGUUGCGUUUCACUUCCGGAUGGUAACAACCCGUUCCCAGGCCGUCUGUCGUCCGAAUUCUACAUACAGUGUUUCCAGAACAGGACAGUAUCUGUCGAAGCCUGCCAGGUUUCGCAGUACGACCAUACUAUCAGGAGUUGUUCUCCACAAAUAAAUCCAAAUCUAUUGUCUAGCCACUGCAAGGAGAGACCAUUUGACCUUAUCCCUGAUCCUACAAACUGUGCCAGGUAUUUCAACUGCAGCAACCCGGCCGUUAACCAGGGUAUGAGCCAGCCCUAUAUGGCGGAGUGUAAAUACCCCAAGCUGUUCGUCUCCUCCAGUAUGGGCUGUCAGAUAUUUACCACCGUGUCCUGUCUGGAUAGAUACGAACCAAGAGCGCCUUGCGAAUAUGUACAGAACCAGUGUUUCGGUGCCGGAUGUGAACCCUGCGAGUCAAAAUUCCCAAGCUGUAUCGGCAAGGGUGACGGAAGUAACAUGUUUCCCGGAAAGGAAUUAACCCGACUCUACACCGUCUGUUACUCAAACCGAACAGUCGCAAUUGUGUCAUGCGCAGUAGGCAUCUACAAUCACAGGGAGAAGGCAUGCGUACAGGAGUCCAUCACAACGCCUUCACCUGCGCCUUGAGAAGUCGUGAUGGUAUAUAAACAGUGACAAUGCCAAUAUCUAUCUGUAUCUGUUUUCCACCUGAGAAUAAAACUUGGAUUAUAACCAUGUAUACGAACGAGCCCGACGUGUAUGGCGAAUAUGGGAAAAAAUCAAAAAUAAAACUAUAGGUCAGUUGUAUUGCAACUGAAACUUGCGAUCUGCAAUUAUAUAACAGCAUCUAUUAAGAAAAAUCUACAGAAGAUUGGUAAUUAUUUAUUAUUUUUAAUUCUUAUUUCGAAAUGACGUCAUUGAUCACUUGCUAUUUUCAAUUGUCAUUUGCAAUAAAAUUCAAAUCAAGAGUUAUCUCGCCUGAAAUACAUCGAAGAUCAUUUAUUAUUUAAAAUGGGUGGCUUUUUUCUUGUUGUUUAUAUUUUAUAUUUAUAUUGAAAUAUAUUGCCUCAUCUCAUUUAGUUCUUAAUAACAAAUAUCAUAUCAAAAGCUGGACUUUUACAUAGAUUUAAACUCUGAAGUGUAAUCAUGUCUCAUUUGUAUUGACUGUUUUGUAAACUGCAUUUGAUCUUGUACGCUGCUCAAGGCAUACCAUUUCAUGUUUUUCACGUUUAAUUUGAUAUGACUCAAUCAAUCGUUGAUUAACAAGUCCAUAUAUGAACUACAUGAAUUGUUGAAAAAGGCUUUGUUUCUUUCAUGGCUUCUACUUAUAUAAGUUUAUGGUCAUGUCAUUUGAAAUCGGUAUUGUUUUGGUAUUUGCUAGAAGUGUAUAAAGAUUUAGGUAUAUAGGUGUGUGAUUGGAAUAUAUGUACUGGACCCUUUGGGACCACUUAACUUACAAAGAUGGCGGUCAGAUGCGGGAACAACGUGAGAAGAAAUUGUCACGUGACUUUGCAGUGAUUAGCAAUGAGUGAAUGUGUGUAUGUAGUACGGAUGGUUUAAAAUUAAGUAUUUGUUGUUAAAUCAUUACAAUGCAUAAAAGUCGGCAAUAUUUACACCAGAGGUUAAAAUUCUGAGUUUUCAAAAUACCAUGUGAUCAAUCAUAAAUAAAAAAAUUUAGUUAUAAUAUAUUCUAUAUUGUACAUUAAGAAAUUCAAGCCAAAUUAACACUUUCAAAUCAAUUUGAAAGCAUCACGCAAGCAUUUGUUUGUGCAGGAAUAACGCAAGCAUUUUGCUCGCUCAAGCAUAACGUAAGCAUUUCGCUCGUGCAUUUUCAAUAUGCGCAAGUCUCAUUUUAUUGUAAUUUUACUGUGAUACCUAAGAUUCUGUCUGGUAAGCAGCUCAGGACUUAAGUUAUAACGAAAUUAAAAUGAAUGUAAUGUAUUCUUAAGCCUUUUAUUUCGCAUGUCUCGUUAUAAAAAAAGUCGAGGUAAUAACAUAACCUCAACGUUACCGAAUGGUAUGUCCCGGAAUAUCGAUACAUUUUAUUGUUAAUUCAAUGCCAUUUCAUUUUCCAAAGUAAAUUACAAUUAUGUCAUCUAAUAUUAAACUUUUUACAUUGAAAUAAAUUAUGUUUUCUCAUUUUAA